UCUUUGCAAUAUUCAUCUGUAUUCACCGCUUUCGCAAACUUGUGCAAGUAAACGAAUAGCAGUAAAAAAAUUGUGUUUCUAGUGUAUUUAAAAUUCAAGAUCUUUGACUCGAUUUCUUCGAUGGUUUUCGCGCUAUUGAACGGAAAGUGGUUUUGUUUUAUAUGUAUGUGCAUUACAUAUCGCGUUCUCAGUAAUUGGAGACUCAUUAACCACAAUCCGAUUUGAAACAACCGGUGCGACGUUAAUUGCUCGUUUACUGCAAUAGACAAAUGCGAAAGUUUGAUUUCGAGACAGAAGUAAUAUCAUUUAAAAGGAAGAUCAGAAAUAUAUAUAUAUAUAUAUCAAAUAUCGAUUAUCUGCUACACAAGUUUGCCCAAGAUGUCAGAUCUAGAGGAAACAAAUAGAUGUGUAGCAGACACGCAAGAAACCUAUUAUGACGAUACUGAUAAAAAUUCCAUAGAAAAAGGGCUAACCAGUGAAACACAAAAAGAAACAAACAUUACAGAGAGCCAAGACUUCCAUCUUAUUGUCUCUGAAGAAGAGGAAAGUAUGAAAAAUAAGAUGACAUUAGUAGAAAAUAAAGAGGAUAAUUCUCAAAAGAAAUCAAUUGAUCAAAUAAGUCUUCAACAAACCUCACAUGCAUCAGAAUCGUUGACUGAUCAAAAUGUAAUAACUGCAAGUGAAGACAAAGAUAAAGAAGUUACUGAAAAAAACUUAUCUAGCAUUACACAUGGUUCAGAAAAGAAUGAGAAUGAAUCACUUCAUCUUUCUGAUGAUGAUGAAGUGAUUCAGGGAACACCUCCUCUGAUAUACUCCCCAUCUCGAAAAUCAAUUGGCGGCAAUAUUGAUGUAACAAGUCUAAAACGUAAAGCUGAGUUUUUUGAUGAACCACCUGGUAAAAUUCAAAAAACAUCCACAGAAGAUACUAUAACAAAGGCUAAGAGAGAUUUCGAAGAAGAGAAUUCUUCAGGCGAAUCUAAUGAUUCAUAUCAAGAUUUAUUCAAGAAUUCAGAUAAGAAUAUUAUAAUUGAGGAAACUCAAGGAACUCAAGAUUUAAAUAAUCAGGAAGUUAUUCAGGACUCUUUAUCUAAAGAUAUAAUAGAAACAAAGAAUGACGAUAAAAUUCAGGAACAGUUAAAUCAAUCCCAAAACGAAGAGAAGAAUAUGAAGGAGGAUGAAAAUCUGAACGUUUCCAUGAAAGUGAAUGACAACAGUAUGAAUGACAGCAUUAACGUUAACGUAAAUUCUGCGAAUGAGAGUGAUUUGCAUAUUGAAGAUAAUAGUAAACCAAUCGAAACGAUAAAAGAUAAGUCUGAGAAUGAGAGUUUAGAUGAGACUAAUAAAUUUGUACAAAUAAAAGAUGAUACAGAAGCCAAUAAAGCGGAACAAGACCCUGGUGAACUUGUCACGAAGACUGCUAAUAAUAGCAAUAAAAGUUCGUCUUUUCAAACCAAAACUUCCAGUGAGAUACAAACAACGAGCAAUUCACGGACCAGCGUGGAGCUAAUUUAUGAUGAUGCAAACGUGUCGAAGACAGAAAUGACGGAAAUCGUAUUAGAUUCAUCGUCGGAAAUAAUUUGCGAUCACAAGAACUCAAAAGAAAAACCGGAGAUAGUCGAAAUUGUGGACGACUCGCGCGAAAAAAUAAUUCUAGAUUCGCUGGGAGAGAGUAUGGAGCUUCAUACUUCGACAAGAGCCAUCGACAAGAGUCUUUCUCACGAAAGCAAAACCUGUAGCGACUUAAGCCAUAAAGAGAGCACAAAAGAAUCGUCGUUAGACUCGAGGAUUACUCAGAGUCAUCAGAAGCUGAUAAAUGGUAGCUCUGAGUCCAAGCACAGCGAUACUGAUCAUACUCUCAGUGUGGAGUCAGACACAUUCAACGACAUUGAUCUGUUGAAAGGCAAUGUGCAAAAUAUAAGAAACAAAGGAAACUCUUUUAUGUCUAAAGACUUGGAUAACAUCGAAGUAAUUAGUAUUAGCGAUAAUGAGAUGUCAAAUACAGAAGAGAAGAACAAAUCCGAUUUGCACAAUAGUGCACUGACCAAGGCUGUGCAGGUAGAGCGGGAAAUCGGUAUGUGUGUAAGACUUAAGUGUAUCUUACAUGUAGAUGAAAACACAAAGGAAUUCUUAAGUAAAGAAGUAACGAUGGUGAAUUGUGAGCCUGCCACGAUAGAGUCUGUGUCGAUAACUAAGCAAAAGAAUGAAGAUAGCCAAGGCUCGCUAGCGGAUAUUUCAGAUAACAAAGAAUCGUCACCUGGUUCGGUAACCAGUAAUCUUCAGCCCUACGUUUUGAAUCCGUCAAGACUGUCCAUUAUGUCAUCUAUUAGCUCAUCUAGUUCAGCAUCUAGCGCCGCUUCUUUGGCCUUAAAACUUAACUCGAAGAGUGGUACACACUUCUCAAUGCCGUUGGUUCCAACAAAGCACGCAAAGAAGUCCACUGAAGAUGUUAUGACAGUGGGAGAGAAGCAAAUAGACGAGGCUUACGAACGCGUUACACAGGAGUGGAAAAAUCACCGUUUGCUUACCAUGGUGAUCUUAAACAGGCUAAAUACGGAAAUAAAUAAUAGCGUGACCGCCACUACAGGUACAGUACAAGAUUCUUAUGUAAACGUUAGUAAUGAUCGACUAUAUGAUCACCUGCAAAAAAGCAACAUGCACUCAUCGACGCCGGAAGUAACGACGAAGGAUGAACAACUAGUCUCUACGCCGAAAAGUAUGAAGAAAGGUAGGUCGCUGAAGAGAGCGCGGAGCAAACCGACAAAACCGAGUGCUACACAGACUAAUGGUGUGCAUAAAAAGGAAGUUUUAAGUACGUGGAAAGAUUCUUCUUUACAAGACCAUGAUGGUGCUCGAUUAGAUAAAAAGAGCAAAAUAGAGGACACAGAGAAUAAAUUGUUGAUCAGUAAAAUAAAUGUCUUAGCAAACUCGUCACCAAGUGACGUGUUGGACGAUGAUUUGAUCGGCAAGGAUGUGUUCGCCAAAUGGUCAGACAACAAUUAUUAUCCUGGUACGGUAGUCGACCGGUUGAAAACAAAAUACAAAGUGAACUUUUAUGACGGCAAAAGCAAGAUGUUGAUUGCAGAGUUUGUGAUACCUAUACCAAAGAUGCUGCGCGAGGGUUUGUCUGUAUAUGCAAGCAAAUCCGAUGAUGACGAUUAUUCCUGCGGUAUUAUAGUCGAUGCACAAGCGUCGAAGAGUGGCAAUAGCGUCCACGAUAUUUAUUAUACAGUGGAGACUGAUAAUAAGGAACGGUUACGGGUGCAAGUGCGUAACAUUUUCCUGUCGCCUGAUCAGGCGCAAUUACUCAAAGAAGACAUGGAGGACAAGAACUCUCUACCAUCCACUCCAAAAGCGUUCAAUCAGGUAACAUUAGACAACCUGGUAGAAGGCAAGCGGCGCUCGAAGCGAAUUGGAAACGGUACGCCUAUCCUCUCGACACCUAAAUCAAGGAGCAAUGUCGGUGAUGAGUCAGCUAGCAAAGUUAAAGCAGAACCUUCAGUAUCCGGUAUGUCUGGAAAACAAAAAAAAGGAAAGAUCGCGUGGCUGGAUUCCGAAGUCAUGUCGAGCGACUCAAACAUUGAAGUAAAAGACGAAUCAGCAAUGCAAAUGGAUUAUGAAUACAUUCUGAGAGGUGUGCAAAAAGAAAUACACAGUACCCCGUGCGAUCAACUUUAUACAAAAGGGCCGCUGAACAGAAUCAAAGGUAAACCACGCAGCAAGAAGAAAAUGGAAGAUGAACAUAUCAUCGCAACGCUCGGACCAAUUCCUCUUGCAAAAUCCAAUAUUUUCAAAGACAUGUCGUUUAUAUUUACAUGCGCAUCUGUAGAAUCAUUAGACAGAUUCAUCGACAUAAAAGCGCAGGCAUAUAACACAGAAACAGAGACAAAUGAAUCAGAAAUCGAAACUGAGUAUGAAGGUGACUGGAUGGAUCGACCAUUCGCGCGCGACAGAUUGCGUGAACAAAUUUUAGCGGGUGGUGGUAAAAUCUAUGAAGACUUUGAUCAAAUUCCGAAAAAUGAGUAUAAAAAUACAAAACUGAUUACUAAUGUGCCGAACACUACAGCGAAAAAUAUAUGGUGUUUAUCAGCUGGUAUACCCGCAUAUAGUCAUAGGUGGAUCAUCAGAUGUUGCUUAGAAGGAAAAACAGUGAAUGCAGCUGAAGAAGCACUUCCAAUCGGCUGGAGUUUGCAGAAAAAAAAUUACGUAGAAGCAUUCCAAGCAAGGGAGAAAAAACCGCUAUCAAAUACUUUUGUAAUAAUUCCUCGUCUGGAUGACACCUGGUUUGUCACAUUUUGGCAACAAGUUUGCGAAAAUGCAGGAGCGGUAGUUCUAAUUGUGGAUGAUUCAGAAGCGAUGGAAACCGGGGUAAGCAACGUAGUGAUAGUGUCCAAUCCAAAAUGUCCGUUAUGGGCCGUGGACAGUGCAAAUAAGUUGCAAAUCCCGAUAUUAUCUACUACGUGGGUAGUUCAGUGUUUGAUUGAGGGUAAAAUCUGUCUAUAUGACCAGCACCCACGUUAUAAAUAUAAUUAUAUGCCAAAUUAAGCACUUUUCGCAGUUAGAAGAAGUGCUCAUUAUUUUUACAUUUAGUAUAUUGUCUUAGAGGCAAGUGUUUGAGAGAAAUUUUCUUUAAUUUUAGGUUUUUUUGUCUCUUCUUUUCCGCGUCGUCUUUUCUUUCUUUCUUUUUUUUUUUUUUUUUUGCACAAGACAAAAGACAACAAAGUGAUUUUGCAAUCAGACUGAAACUUUUUACUCGCAAUUAUGUGAUUUUAUAUUAUUUUAAACCUUUUCGUUGCUGAAUUAAUCAGUAAGUAUCAGACUUACUUCCAUUUAUUUCUAUGCUCAAGUUUUAGUUGAGCACAGCGACUUAUAAUAUCGAUUUUAAUUGAAUAACGCUCGAUUCCAUUUUUUGUGAAUAAUCUUAAUUUAUCCUUUUUUUUUUACCUACUCUAUAUGUUCGAUAGAAAUAUAAUUAUGCAUUUGAUAUGACAAUGUAUCAUUGUACGUGAAAAGAAACACAAUUAUGUAUAGUGAUGUAUCGACAUACUUAUACACAUUUUUCUAAGAUUUUAUAUAAAAAUGAGAAAUCGCGAUGCACGCGCGUGAACUACAAGUCAUAUAGUUUCACUAUAUAAGAACGUAUGUUUGUAAGAAAUAUCUCACUCGCGCGCGCGCAUGCCACAUGAGUAUCUUCUUUUCACAAUUAAAGAGAUAACAGACCGUUAAAAUUUUGUAAUGGCUGCGUUGAGCAGAAUAGCGUUCGGUAAGCGCUUCAAAUUGCCGUUCCGCUAAACAUUCAGUUUUUUUAAAGAUAUGCUCUACAGUUACAUAAUGCUCUGCAUUUAUUAACCUUUUGAACUUUGUUAUCCUGCCAUGAGAUGCACAGGAUAAUUCUGAAAAUUCAAAAAGUUAAGUGUUAUUUUAGAUAGCUGCUUAUUUUAGUGCUUGUUACUUAUGAAUGAGAUAUGUGUAGAUUUGCAAAAAAUUAACAAAAAAAAAAAAAAAAUCCCUUUGCAGAUAAUCACUUACUGAAGCGCUAACUUCUGUUGAACGCAGACAAUAAUAAAUUCCUACACAUCGACUGUGCAAAUUAUAUAAUUAUACAAUUGUGCAAUAAUACAAUUAUAUAAUGUAUACAAUUGCCUGCCACUCGGUUAAUGUAGCGAUGUUCGGAAUGUUUUCUUUUCCGGUGAAAAUAUAAAAAUACUUUUCAAAAGUAGUCAUAUUAACGAA